GAAUCGAUUCAUUCGACUCGUUUAUUAACUCAAUUGCAGCUCGUAGCCGACCUCACCUCCUCUCUCCUAUCUCCAAAUCCAAAGCAUACAGAGAAAGAGGCAAGAAUCCGUUUCGACGAAAGAGCUCGAAAACGAUGUCUUACGACGAUGUGGAGAUAGAGGACAUGGAAUGGAACGAGGGGCUACAAGCUUACACAUACCCGUGCCCUUGCGGCGACUUAUUUCAAAUCACCAAGGAGGAUCUUCGCCUCGGCGAAGAAAUCGCCCGCUGCCCUAGUUGCUCCCUGUACAUCACCGUCAUUUACAACAUCGAAGAUUUCCUCGACGAUGGUAAAUCAACAAAGAAGAAGAAUAUCGAGCCUCGGAAGCAGCAACCAAUCGCUGUCGCUUAAAACGGAAGUUCAAGCUUCAUGCUAGUGACCUUGAUGAGAGUAAAUGGAGCUUUCCUGGAGAAAGUUUGGUGCCAUGGACUGAUGACAGAAUGUGCAGAUAGGCAGAGAGAAUUUGUUAUCUUGGUGUUCUCACAUGGGAUCGUAUUAAUGAUAAAAUGUUUGGAUUGAUAGAAAGUGAAGAAACAGAGUGAAACAGAUUGAUGCUUUUUAUUUUUGGACAAGUAACAAUAAUUGAGAGGAGUGGAUUUGAUUUCUGGUUUCCUUCUUGAUUGACUUUUAUUUUGUACAGAGAAAUGAGGUUUCACAAUGCUGGUUCUA